AUGAAGUCAGCAACAAUAACAUCAUCUUCGCUGUUGAUGAUGGCAACUUUGCUUUUCAUAAUAAUAUCAAGUGCAAGUGCCAUCCUACAAAGUGAAGCCAAUACAUUUGAUUGGAUGAAGGAAAAUGUAGGAAGAGUAAAAUUGGUAGAAUCUGGAUUUUCCAACAAGGCUCUUUCUGUUGUAGCCACAAACAAGGCUGUUUUGGCAGGUUUGAGUAUUAGAACAGGCGAGUUAAUUUGGAGAAGAGUUUUUAAUGAUGAUGAAAAUAUUGACAGAUUAUAUUCAAUCGGGAAUGAUAAAAUAGCAUCUCUUUCAUCUUCAUCAUCCAAGAGAUAUGUUAGAGUAUGGAAUGCUUUAGAUGGUAGUCUUUUAUAUGAUAUUAAUUCCCUCUCAUCUUCAUCAGAUAUUUUGUCUUUAGGAGAAAAGGUAAUCAUCUCUACAGGAAGUACCCUCCUUUUGAAGGAUAUCAAGACUGGAGCUGAAAAGUGGAAGGUAUCCUCAUCAAACGAAAGGGUUGUCUUUGCCAAGUUAGUUUUGCUCGAAAAGAAUGUCAAUGCUAUUCAAGCUGAAUUGAGUGCAGAUAGUAAUACUAUUUCAAAACUUGUUGUAAAGGCUUUAAAUACUGAUAGUGGAGCUUUGACUGUGAAGAGUACCAUUGAUUUGUCAUCUUUCUCUCUCACUGUUGAAAGUUUGAAUGAUUAUACUGGUGAACAAGUUAUUUUCAAAACAACAAACAAACUUAUUUAUUUCAAUGUGAAUACUUCUGAAUCUAAGGAGGAAGACAUUUCUCAACCAGAAAAGAUUUCAUCAUCCACAAAUUUGGACGGAACUACUUAUCAUGCUUCUAUUCAAGAACAAACAGCUACAACUAUUAAGAUCGUUGUUAAAAAAGCUAAUGAUGUUUUAGUACAAUAUGAUGCUCCAUUGGACAUUAAAAAGCACGGAAAGGCUCAAUCUAUUUUCUUCCAAUUAUUCAAGAAUUUGGAAAGUAAUAACAAUCAAUUGAUUCAUAGAUUUAUUGUAGUUACUGAGGAUGAUUCUAUUAUUGGAUUUAAAGAAAAUCAACAACUUUGGAAGAGAGAAGAAUCACUUGCUUCUGUUGAUGAAAUUAAAUUUGUUGAAUUCCCAGUUCAUCACACUGUUAAAUCAGGUAAUGGCGUUGCUAGUUUUGGAAACAGAAUUUCAACUCAAAUUGUUCAAGCUACUGACCUUAUUCAAAAGGCUAUUGAUUAUGUGAAUGCACUUUCUGGUAAGAAGAAUAAUGGCGAGGGUGGAGAUGAAAGCCUCAGAUUUGUUCAAGAUAGACUUGGUUUCCAAAAGCUUGUAAUUCUCAAAUCCAAGACUGGUAAGAUUUUGGCUCUUCACACCUCUGAUGGCCAUCUUGUUUGGUCUCUCUUCAUCAAGGGUGAACUUGAGAAACAUAUUGAUACUUCUUCUACUCUUAAGAUUAACCUAUUCAUUACCAAGGAUCAAGUUCUUAAAGAUGAUAUUAAGAUUAGAUCACAAGCUACCAUCAUUGUUUCUGACAAUAAGAAGAGUGUUGCCAUUGUUAUUGAUGCUUUGAAUGGACAGGUUUUGACAGUCACUCCACUUCCUUAUGUAUACACUGAUGCUGUUUUACUUCCAACUACAAGCGAAGAUAGAGUUCAUCCACUUCUUUUGGUGGAUACUGAACUUAAUGUUCAUAUCUUCCCAGAAACUAAAGAAAUUAUCCAAAAUGUCAAGUCAUUCCCACUCAAUAUUCAUUUCCACACCAGGGAUGCUGCUCAAGGAAAGCUUUCAGGAUACAUUUGGAAUGUCAAUCAAACCAAGUUGACUAACACUUGGUCAGUUUCUCUCAACUCUCCAAUAGUUGCUUUCGCAUCUCCACAAGCUCUCUUGAAUGAGAAUAUCUAUACUGGCAUUAUUGUAACUGCUUCUGGUAAUGUAUUGUACAAGUAUCUUAAUCCAUCCAUGUUUGCUGUUGCUACUAUUGAAAAGGAAGCUACUGAAUAUCCAGUUUUGCGUGUUUAUGUUAUUGACGGUACUACAGGUGAAGUUCUCCACCAAAUUCAUAACGAAGAUGCUGUUGGACCUGUUAAUAUGGUUUUGGAUGAAAAUACUCUUGUUUAUCAAUAUACGAAUGCUAAACAAAUGAGACACGAGUUGACCACUGUUGAAUUAUUUAACAAUGGUACUGAUUUCCAAAAGAAAGGUUUCGGAUCAAUUUUAAUGGAAAAGUUAUUCGGAAGCAAAGAAGCUGGAGUUUUCACAUCAUUCGGAUAUAGUAAGCCAACUUCUAGAAAGAAUACUUAUAUUUUACCAUUCGGUGUAAGAUCUAUUGGCGUUACAAAGACCACUAUUGGUGUCACCAACAAACAAUUCAUUUUGUCCCUUACUAAUGACCAAAUUUAUUUGGUUGACAAGAAGAUAAUCGAUGCAAGAAGACCAAGAAAUCCAACUGCUGCAUCAGAUGAAAUUGCCGAAGGUUUAAUGCCAUAUAACCCAUACAUUCCAUUUGUUUCACUCAAUGUUCCAACCUAUAACAAACCAGUUAGCAGAGUUAAACACAUUCAAACUAGUCCAUCAAUUCUUGAAUCAACUACAUUGAUGGCCUCCUCUGGAUUGGAUGUCUUCUUCACUAGGUUGUCACCAUCUAAAAAGUUUGACAUUCUCAAUGAAGAUUUCAGUUAUGCCAUGUUGAUCAUUUCUACCUCUGCACUUUUCAUUUCAGUUUUUGUUGCCAAAUACUUAGCCAACAAGAAGGAGGUCCAAUUGAAGUGGAGCAUGUAAAAACACGUAUUGUCAUUUCGAGUUGCAAUUAUAUUAAUCUAUUUAAAUAUUAAAAAAAAUGUUUUUCAA